ACGUGAACAGUUUGAAAAAAAAUAUCUGUGCAAAAGUGAACAGUAAAUCAUCACAAGACAGUUUGGAUAUAAGUUUAUAAGAUGAUCAAAUUUGGAUAUAAUCUUUCACUAUGGAUUAAAACAUUAAUAAUUUGGAUCCCAGCGGUAGCCACCAAAUUAUGUUACGUGUACACAGGAAACUGUCUAUUGCAAGGAUAAUGGCAUAUUUUUUAACAUUCGUCUUGUUCGUUUUGUUGUCGAACCAGCUAUACGUAGACGCAGCACACAACUGUACACCCAAUUGUUACCCUGGUUUCCAUCUGCAGGAGAAAUUCUGUAAAGAUGUCGUUGUUAUUGAAGUCUUUGUUAACAGAGUAGAAACGGACGCCACGAACGAACAUGAGUAUUAUUUUGGAACAGUUACGACAAUUUACAAAGGCGAUGGGAUUACAGUUGGUGAUGACAUAGAAUUCGUAGACCACGGUAAAUGCCUAACAACACUUCAUGUUAACCCACAAAUAAGUUUUAUUUUUUCUGGAACACUGGACAGCCAUAAUCACUAUGAAAUACACAAAUGUACAAGCAUCUUCUUUCGAAUCCCGCUAUUGUCUCCCCAACACCUUGAAUGGAUUGAAAGUCUCUUGAAAAAAUUAAAAGGAAUCGGUUGUAAAGGAAUCCAUCACUGCAGGGCACUUCCGGACAUACCUGCUAAUAAAGACGUGAAAGGUGCCUGCCUCUUUCCCGCAACUCCAAGCACACCUCCUGAACAUGCUGAAUGUUAUUUAAAUUAUGGUGCCUGUUUAAAAGAGACGAAUAAUUGCCAUUCCCCAUGUACAUGGUUCUUUGAAAAAGGCGUAAACUGUACUGGAGGCGACUAUGAACCUUAAUGAGGCUAAGGUGGAAUAACAAUAACUAUUAUUAUAUAUGUUAUAAUAA